AGGUCAAAGGAUACGGUUUUUCAAGGUUAGACAAUGUCGAUUAACUAUUCUGGGAGAAAGGUAGUUUUUUAAUGGUUAUAUUGUCAUAAUAUUUUGUUUUAAAUAAUUUUCUGCGUGUCUGUAUGCCAUUUUGCUCAGGUAGGGUUGGUUGAUCCGUAAAGCAUGAACACUUGUAUCAUAUUCAAUAAACCUUAAGUACUGUGACUAAUAUAAGGUUUUUACUUUUUCGGAAAAGACAGGAAAUCAAAUUUCGCACAUCAUGCUUGUGGCAUAAACUUUUCACAGCCUCUAAAAUGAGUGAUCGCAACUGGAAUUUUUUAUCUAUGUUUCUUUCCACACUUAAGUAUUAUCAUAUAUAUGAAGCUACUACAUCUUUAUAAUACUUACGUUACCAUGAUUCAAUUUAAUGCGCGUGUGAGUUCUGCUGCACUAACAUUAAAACGAUUUGAAACUCAUAUAUACCCAUCGUCUCGUUUUUCAAUAGGUGGAUAUAUUCCAGCACUUUCUUGCUCUUAAUCUUCGUGCUUAGACAUCUUUGUUUUGGAUUUGGUUGUGAAAUUAAAAUGUCUGUAAAAAUAAAGGAUAUAAUUUUUGCAAGUCGUCUUAAUUGAAGUGUUGUUCGUCCGCAUAUCCGAUUUAUCUCCCUGACUUGGUUGUUUACUCACACUGAAACAAACGGAUUUUUCCCGAAUGACAAUAGAUUUAGGAUUUUUAACAAACAAGGAAAAACGCAAGCUCGUACGUUUUGAAUUCCCUUUAUGGGAUCCGAUUCAAAAGAUUCAGUAGUAGUGAGAUAAAUAUAAAGUCUUUCAAAGAUAUAAAGUGUUUGUAUGAUAAACAACGUAAAAUAACUUAAUUAUGAAGGUUUAGGCAAACAAAAAGCAUAAGCGUCUAGAUGUAUUUGAUAGAUUUACAGUUUAGGAACUUGAAAUGCCAUCGUAGGGUAAAAUGAACCUCUGAACAUUAACUAGAAACUCUUCAACCCUUCACAUGAUUCACACCAAAAGUCAAAUACUUUAGAAUUAAAUGCAAUGUUUUUAUGUUUUAAGAUGUUGUUUUUCAUUACUGUAUCGUCUUCGCGACUUAUAUCAAAACAGUCCAUCAGUGUCAAUUGAUGAGGUCCUAUAUUAAUUAGUGAUCUAAGUAAAUUUUACAUCAUUAACUUGACAAGGUUUCAUUUUUCAUUCAAGCUUGGGCAGUAUUCAUAGCGCUAGUGAGAAAUCGUAAUUUAGUAAAGUGACCUUAUCAAUAGUCCUAACUAAUCGUUUCAUGUUGAAAAAGCAAACUUGUUUUCGAUAUUUCGAAGCAUUUUCCUAGGGAACCUUGUAUCUGUCUAUCGUUCAGUCUAAAGUUUAGGUUUACUAAUGAGUGAUUUAAUUACCACUGGAAAUGUUUCCGUUUUCGAGUGAAUCUGGAAAGUACUGUCGUUUAGCCAAUGAUCAAUGAUUUUCUUUCGUAAAAAUGUUUACAUGAAACCUUUAUUAUUUGUAACGAAAAGACCGAAGUUUAGUCCUUCCAGCGUGCUCGAAAUUCCAAGGUUCAAAAAUUCAACUUGAAACGACCGAUAUACGAAUUUUCAUAAUGUAUUCCAAUAGAGUCGGAAGAAAUGUGUUAUUCACUCUCUCUCAUUGACUGUUAGGUUUAUAAACAUCGAUUGAUAAAUUGACUUGAUAAAUUCCUAUUGUUAGCUAUCAAUAAGAUCUGUCCUACCAAGUACAUUGGUAGAUAGCUGAAGUCUAUGGAUGUCUAUUUUGCCUAGAAGCCGUAUUUUAUAGCCAAAGAACUCUUUCAAGGUCUAUUCUUGUAUUUUUUUGAGAAAUAUGAUUUUCCAAUAAAUAUACUAUCAUCCUCUUCAUCCGGCCUUUGAUCUAUGGAUAUGUCAAGAACAAAUCCACUCUUUUGAUCAUACCAAUGUCUAUCUUGACAUGUAUUUGCCCUUGCGGAGCAGGUUGAAUGUAACGCUUCCUUGAUGUCAAAAGAAAUGCACAGGUCGAUAAAUAGCCCAAUUCUGGAGCACCUUUUUAUUCAGUUCACAUUCUCGCAUCACCAUCUUUCCUAGUUAUCUGCAGAGUUAAUUGAACUGUGUCAAAUGAGGUACAAGUAACGUUUUACGCACCUCAGAUGCUUUAUCAACUCACCAAUUUAGGUCUAAACACCGCGUUCGAAAGCAACAUGCCCAGCAUUUUACCCUUUUAUUGUUUCAACCUUCCUACUCUAGGUAAUAAUUGCAACUGACUAACUUUUUAUUUCCCAUACUUAAUAAUCAUCAUUAUUAUUCUUAAUUAUGCUAUAAUUACUACUUGACUGCCAUCGUAACAUCUAAUUUUUGUCUUCCUCUUCAUAUUCAUUGAGUGAUCAAGGAAUUAGAGAGUAAGUUCAGAGGCUGCUAUGAUUACUUUUGGCAUAAUAAUAUUACCAAAAAGACUCAGCGUUAGUAGAGUGAAGACAAAUGUUUCCAGUAGAAAGUUUGAAUAAAAAAUAAGCGGUUGAUUAGCACAAAUGGGUCUAAUCCAUAUUUAAGUUAUGAAUUUUUUGACGAGUUUUUUACGUGAGAUAAUCUAACUUUAUUAAGUUAGAUGAUGCAUGGCUUCUUAGUUGUAUCAUAAUAAAAUACCUUCAAAGCGCCAUAAGACAUUUACUCACUGGAAACACAACGACAAAUUUGGAGAUAUUCUCUCUGUUCUACGAACGUUGUAGUCUUAUUAGUUUACUGAGUAUAUGUUUGUCAUCCUUUCUUUUCAACUCUCAGUCUCAAAGCUAUCGGGUUAAACAUGUGUACAUGACGAAUGAAAGUGUAGUUUGUUCGUAUACCGACUACGAGGUUCUGAAGUACUUUGGUUUAGUUUAGCCAAUAACUAACACGCACAUAGUGUAUUACUAGACGGCGUCAUCCAUUAUAUACGUUUCGUAUGGUUAGUUUAAGUCAAUUUUUCGUUAAUUUUUAACCGUAAACUAUUUGUAUUUUUAUGAAUGAUUAACUACAACUUUUUAUUAAAGAACAUGGAGUCAUGUCCAAUGAAUUUGACUUUAGUAAGUAAAGCAAACGGUCAUUUCUAUUGAUCUUUUAUUAUUUAAUACUGUAUGCACGUAUACGCACAUUUAUGUGCCCUAAAACACUGUUGGAAAUUAUGAACACUUCCGACGCAAAUUUAGAUAUUACAUUAUGGUCUUUUUGGAUUACUAUUUUCCUCCAGUCAAUGAAACCACUUAAUCAACUAAAAACUAUUCACAACGAACACUAUGCCAAACUUCAGAGCAAACAUGCUUCAGAAACAGAAUUAUUAGAUGAUAUGAGAAUGUACUGUAAACAAAGGGCAUCAAUCGAACGUGAAUACGGUCAGUCAUUACAAAAACUUGUGAAUAGUUUCCUUUCAAAAAAAGAAUUUACAACACAAUCAUCCUAUUCAUCAGAUAAUGAUACUAUACUUCCAAAUAAACAACAUAACGUUUGGCAUAUAUGGUAUUCAUUGUUAGCCGAAUCGAAUAAUUUGGCAUUAUCACAUUUACGUGCAUCAGAUAAUCAACAAAGAUUGUCUACUGAACUCAAACCACUUAAAUCUCAGCGUCUGUCAGUCAAUAAACGUGUAUUUGAACAAUUAAAAAUCCUCCAAGGAGAUCUAGCUGCAUGUGUUCAAGAAAUGGUGAAAUCUCAUAAAGUUUAUGCAGAAGAAGAGAAACAAGCACAAGAAACUCGUUUAAAAACAUUGGCUGCUAAAGAAAAAAUUCAACGUCGAUCCACUGAUAUAUUCCAUUCCAUGGCGCAGUUACAUAGGAAUUAUGAUAAGCUCCUAGGUAAACGUCAGGCAUUUGAUUCCAGAUCAACUACUGCCAGAAAUGAAUAUCUCUUUCAACUGACCGCGAUCAAUGCUCACUUGAAACAUUACUUCAGUGAAGAUUUACCUGUUUUAGCAAAGACUUUGGAUGGAGAAUUAUAUGAAAAAUUAGGUGAAGUGUUUACAACUCUUUGUGAAAAUGAAAUUGAAUUCUGUACAAUUACACAAAAGCGAUUUGACAACCUUUUCAAAGAAUCCUCACAAAUUAACCGCACGAACGCUUGGGAAGAUUUUCUAAAAUUAUCACCACUUUUUAAUAAACCCGUUCAAUAUCAGUUUGAACCGAUUAAAGGAGACGAGACAACAAAGCUGUGCUCAGCUACAAAUGAAAGUAAUUUGGAACAAAUCGCACGUAAACUUUCGAGACGAUUGGUGAUACGCGAGAGAUGUAUUAAAUCAUAUGAGAAUGAAAUGAAAAUGUUACAGGCCGGUUAUGUUACUCCAGUGUCUAGUAUGAUGACUGGAUCUAAUAAUCAAAUGCAACAACAACAACCAACUAAUUCGGAAACGGAAAAUAAUAAUGAACUAUUAGCAUUCAAUCAAGAAUAUGUUGAGAAUAAAGUUGAAGAAUUACAAUUUGCUAUACGUCGUGAAAAGAUUGAACAAGUAAAAAUUGAAGCUUGUCUAUCAUUAUUACGUAACUCAUCCAUUGAUAUAAACGAAUUUAUUUCUGAAGCUCGUAUAGCCGCGGAAGCAGCAGCUGUUGCUGUGGCUGUUCAAUUAAAUAAUGACGAUUCAAAUAGUGGUUUGUUAAAUCAUUCCACACCCAAUCGGCGAUCGAUUAUUCGACCUUUAGGUGAAGGAAGUAGUGAUAGUGCAGCUAGUAGUUCCGGUGUAAAUCAAUUUAUUGAUCAUGAUUCCAGAUUAUUAAGUGAUUGGGAUCAUUCUUAUACACCGUAUGGAUCUGAGCUUUUAGGACGUAAUACAACAACUUAUCCUUUUCAAAGAAGUUUCAGUGUUGACGAUAAUGAUGAUGUCGAAUCAACUAAUCGACUUUAUAUAAAUGGGAUUAAUAAUUGGUCAUCUACUUUCCCUAGACCAUCAACCUCUGGCCAAAUGGAUAACUCCACUGAUAGAACUCCUCAUCCAACUUAUAGAUCAUCAUCUCAGACGAGCACAAAAUUGAAUUGUUUAAAUCAGAAUGAUUUAUUUCCAAAUAACAACGAAACGCGUGUAAAACACGAUUAUCAAAAUGUUUCACAAAUCAGUUCACGAACUCAUGACGACAUAACUGUCCAUAGAUCAACUAUUAAUAAUGAUAAGAAUAGUAAUAAAAGCCAUCCAAAUGGUACAUUGAAUUCAUUUUCAUCUAUACGUAUUGGUAGUUCCAAUAAUUUGACAAAUAAUAAAGACGAUAUAGAUUUUGAAGCCAUAUGGUCUGAAAAUAAUCGUUUGCGUCGAGCAACUGUUGUACAUGAGUUUAGAGCUAAAAAAUCUAAUGAAUUAGAUCUCGUCGUGCAUGAAACUGUUGUCUUAUUGAAUAACGAACCUCAAAAUGGAUGGAUAAAAGUAAGAAGUUUAAUAGAUGGAAAUGAAGGUUUGGUUCCGAUAAGCUACUUAAAACUAUCUAACAUAGAUGUGCCUAAACACAACUCGAAAAUCAUUAUGAACGGUGAUAAUAGUAAUCAAAGUAUCUCAACGCUGAAUACUAGAGGAAAUGACAUCCUUCAUUCUAAAUUAACUAAUUGUUCCGAAGACAUUGAUCAGAAAAACUCUAAGAAGCCUAAUCAAGUGGAUCCUACGUUUAUAUCCCUUCCUCCUGAAAUAGAUCCACCUCGACUUUUAUGCGCAGAUGAAGUUUCUAGUCAUGAAUUGUCCAAACCACCUCUUUCUGGUUCUUUUGUAAGAAGUUUAAUCGAUUUUCGCGGAACUAAUCCAGAUGAAUUAAGCUUUAAAGCUGGUGCAGUUAUACGUGUGAUUGGUCGUGCUCCUAAUAUUAACGAUCUAGUUAAUAAUUCAUCAACAGCGACCAGACGAGAUCAGUUAACUUCAAUAUCUGGCUAUAGUAUUGAUGAUGGUUGGUGGGAAGGUGAUCUUCUAGUGGCUGAAUCAAACAAAAAUGAUGAAGAUCAACAAUUUUAUUCUAUACGUGGUGUUUUUCCAUCAAUGCUAGUACAAUCACUUUCUUCUGUUGAUUCUGAGUUAUGGACGGUCCGAUGGAAUAAUAUUGUACCAUUGCCUAUAGGUAACUCAUUGGGAGAAAGUGAUAAUUCUGAAAACCAAAAUAAUAGCAAUAAAAAUAACAUUAAUUCUCCUAAAAUUAGUGCCAAACAGCUCCAUACAACUAUAAAUCAUCAUAAUAAUAACUUGGUUAAUAACUGUUCUGUUGAUGUUAAUAAAUUAAAAAAAAGUUGUCAUCCGAUAGAUGAAGAAGACUACAUACAACUGCAUUCAAAUGUAUUACCAUCAUCUCAAACAGUUCAAGUGAAAAGUUCAACUUGUCAAAUUCAUUCUAGUCCGUCAGAAAGUAUUAAAUUGCCACAUACUUUGUUGUCAGAUGAUACUAAACAUUCAGCGCCUAAUAAUCCUGUUACAAGUCGACAUCCUCAUCAAAACUCUCAAUGCUUGCAUCAUCGUCAUCAUAGUCGACAUCAUGAGUACAGCAAAACUGAUGAGGUGCCAAUAGCUGAGGUUUGAAUAGAAUUUCAUCUCAUUUACAAACAUGAUAGCAAUGCAUUUAUUUUUUACACUUUUUAUAUAAACUUCAGAUAUGUAAAGUAAUAUGAAAUCGAUUGUUUCCGGCUUGACAUUUUUUUGUUUAUUUUCAGUUUGUUAUACUUUCUGUAUACUUAUGUUCUUUUUAUUUGGACAGUAUUUUGUGCAUAUUUGUCCCUAUGCUAGGCUUUUUACCUAGGAAUGAACUUAUUUCUAUUUCAUAGAUAAUAAUGAAUUGGUCCACUGUUUUUAUUUGCAAACCUCUUUCCUUUAAACACUUGAUGUAUGCAUCAUAAUUAAACCUUAUUACAUUUGAUUGUUAUCUCACAGACCUUCAUUUUUGUCUGUAUUUUGAUGAUGUAACUUUUUAUUUUAGGUUUAGUCCUAUUGUAUUAAGUUACAAAGUGAUUGGUAGAGAUUUUUCUGUAGUCACCAAAAUACUAAAAUAUAGUGAAAAUAUCCAUCAAGUUAGAGAAUAGUUUGGAUGAAAA